AUGCAUGCCUUGACCUGGUGUGUUACUAAAUCUAGUAAUGUUCAAGGAUUGUCGACCAUGGCGGAAGUUGUACCGCCAGUGUCACUUGGUUCGUCUAACGGAUCUCCUGACUCACCGUUGAUCAGUGGCGAAUCAGUACCGAAGGAAGUAGCUCAACUUGCAGAAAAGUACCAGUUCUCAAUCAAAGAUGAACGAAGUAUUCAAAAAGAGGUGAUUGAACUGAAGAAGAUUAUACGGUCAGCAGUUAAGAAACAGAUGAGAAUUAAAGCUGGAUAUGUUCAAAUGCAGGCUUGUUCAAGUUGUUAUCCCUUUCCACUUUUAAUGGUCAUUUGGAGUCAUUUCCAGAAGGCAACCAAUGGAAAGAAGCAGUCAGAUUAUCUAAAGAGAGAAGUUCGAGAUCUCAGCGACCAAAUUAGCGACAUGCAAGACGAUCUCCAAAUUCUAGACGUCUACGAUACGGGUGCCUUCGAUGACGAAGAGUCGAGGUGUGAUGAACCAAUUUUGGGAGCUACUGGUGCUCCCCUUGAUUUGGCAAGUGAUGUUGAUGUUAGUGACCGAAGAAGUCAUCAUACUCUCGGAAAUUCUAGGCUUUCUGCUCUGCAGAAAGAUCUAGCGAAAGAAAUGAAGGUAAAGGACGGCUUGGAAAAGUUCAUGUCAUCCAACACUUCCGCCAGCCGAAGAUAUCUGGAAGAUUCUAAAAAUAUGCUCGAUGACAGCAAAGCAAAGAUUGCUUUAUUACGAAUGCAGAUAGAGAAGAUUGCCCAUCAAGGACAUGAUAUUCAUUCGAGUAACGGAAGCGAGGCGAAGUCGCAGUUGGACAUUGUGAUAGACGAUCUCCUUUUUCGCUUGUGGAAGGAGGCAGCGAUCAUCGAAGGCGCGAAAAACAUGGUCAAGAUCCUGCGCGCUCAAAGAAAAACGGAUCAUAGGAAUCUUAAUGAUGCUCAACAGACACUUAUUCUUUCCGAGGAAAAACUUGAUCUCAUACUUAUGGCGUUGAGAAAAUACAUCGAACAACUACCACCUGAGUCCAGUCGUCGUCGAGAACUGCUGACUGAAAUGGAAGAGACGCGUAUGCCAUCUUCAUCACCUCAUGGGCGUUUCGCUGAUCGUCGUUUUAGCCCUCCUGGAUCAGCGCCCAGCAGCCCACCUUCUGAAGCUUCGUCCAAAACGUCCAGUUUGCCCCGUAGUCUAUAUUCGCGACGACUUAGUACGUUGCCACCUUCAUUGGCCGUGAGUGGAAGAUUGGAAAUACGAUUGAUAGGAUGCCAGAAUUUGGUUAGUGAAGUGCCUGGACGUCUUCCUCGUGCAGAAGCGUUGGGCGCAACAGCUUCGAGCUCGUUAACUACGGAAAGCACCAGUCGUAGUAAAAUCCGCUCAUCUUCCACACGUAGCCACAGCACAGUUUCACGUCAGUCUGACGAUGUCAUUGCUCUUCUGCGUGUAGAUAGCCGAGUCGUUGGACACACUGAAGCUCGCCCUCUCAGUCAGCAGGCAUGGGACCAGCGUUUCAGUGUCGAUUUAGACAGGUCAAAGGAACUGGAAAUAGAAGUGUUUUAUCGUGACUCCCGGUCUAUGUGCGCCUUCACAGCUGUGAAACUGGGUAAUUUCGUAGAGCCAACGGGUCAAGCUGGAAUGGUUCUCCAGUUGGAACCUCAUGGGGACUUGUUUGCUGAGUUCAAAUACUUGAAUCCUGUGAUCAGUCGGAAACCGAAGCUGGAGCGACAGAAACGGUUGUUUAAAGUGAAAGAACGAAAAGACAUGGCUGGUGCUAAGAAGCAAUUAGGAGUUCAUGCAUUAUCCCGAAUGCUGAAAGGCCGAGAAAACGAGCCUAUCGUUGAUUACGGAACUGCUGGAUUCCAACCAGGUUACGGAUUUCCUUCAAAGACGUCCUCAACGUCAUCGUCUACUCGCGAAGUGAUCAAAGAUCGCACGACUGCCUUUGUAGAUAGUGCUGCCAGGUUUUCACAAGUAGCCCAGCCAACCUUUGGAGGUGAAACUUCUACUACUCCUCCACACCGGCAUGCACAACAUCACAGUGAGAACAUUCUUCUGCCAGGAAGUUAUCGCAGGAAGUCAGUUCCUCCUGCGGUUUCCGCAAACUCUAGCGAGGAAACAACUUUACAUUCCCCUCAAGCCUCGAUAUCGGUAGUGCCUUCUCCACCGACUGCAGUCUUGCCAUCCAAAGGCGCCAACUUGACUAUUGACAUGUUCCGGAUGGUCAGCGUUCUUGGAAGGGGUCACUUUGGAAAGGUAAUCCUAGCACAAUAUAAGGCAAAUUCGUCAUAUUAUGCUUUGAAAAUUCUCAAAAAGGGAGAUAUCCUUGGCAGAGAUGAAGUUGAAUCUCUUAUGGUAGAGAAGCGAAUCUUUGAGGUGGCUUCACGUGCACGCCAUCCAUUUUUGGUGAAUCUUUUCGGCUGUUUCCAAACUGCGGAACAUGUAUUUUUUGUCAUGGAAUACAGUAUGGGUGGUGACCUAAUGCGGCACAUUCAUGACGAUAUCUUCAGUGAAGAAAGAAGUUGUUUUAAUGCGGCUUGUGUUCUUCUUGGUCUAGAGUUUCUGCAUAAGAACAACAUCAUAUACAGAGAUCUCAAGCUGGACAAUCUGCUACUAGAUAAGGACGGUUUUGUGAAGCUGGCAGAUUUCGGUUUGUGUAAAGAAGGCAUGGGACCUUCAGAUAAGACAAGUACUUUCUGUGGAACACCGGAGUUCUUAGCUCCGGAGGUUUUGACCGAAUCGUCGUACACGCGAGCCAUUGAUUGGUGGGGUUUGGGUGUGCUCAUUUUUGAAAUGCUGGUUGGUGAACCACCUUUCAGUGGUGAUGACGAGGAAGAGAUUUUCGACAGCAUUGUCAAUGACGAAGUUCGAUACCCAAGGUUCCUUUCCAUCGAAAGUAUCUCUAUUAUGCGUCGAUUGAUGAGGAAAAACCCCGAUAAGAGAUUGGGUGCGGGCGAGAAAGAUGCCGAAGAAGUAAAAAUGCAGCGUUUUUUCAAACACAUCGAUUGGCAGUGGGAUCGUUUACUUCGCAAGGAAAUAACACCUAAGUUCAUCCCUCAAAUUAAAAAUCCGGAGGAUGUUUCGAACUUUGACGAUGAGUUCACUAAAGAGAAACCACGUUUUUCAUCUGCAAAAGAUAAGCAUAUCAUCACGGAAGCAGAUCAGCAACUUUUCUCUAACUUUGAUUUUUCGCUAGUUGUGUGA